GGAAUAAAUCUCAAUCCUGCCGGACAGAUUACUGAGCACACUCUGAUACCUUCUACACCUUCUACGGGCCAAGGGCAGAACCAUUGCAUCUGCGCCAAUUGUUCGGGAAUGCGCCGUGGCGUUCACCAAUGCUAUCUUGUGAUAGUGCUGUAGCUACAGGUGCCACCAGUGUAUUUUGGCAGCAGGGUGAUUCUGUCAUCUCCGGAGCCCCAACUGUCAAAAUGGCUGAGGAUAGCGAAUGGGUCGUGGAGAGCAUCGCCGGCUAUUUGGGGAGUCCCGAAUGGGUCAUACCAGUCACCGACUUUAUGGAAAACAAAUGUACAGUUUUUGAUGAUGAAGAUGAGAAUAAACUGACGUACACAGAAAUUCACCAGCAGUACAAGGACCUGGUCGAGAAGCUUUUGGAACACUACAUGCAGGAAGUGGGAAUCAGUGAGCAGCAGUUUUCAGAAGCAUGCUCAUCUCCUUUCGCCAAGUCCAAGGCGCUACAGACCGUGUUCCAGCCAGUUCUGGCCACAGACGACUUCCAGAUGUUCCGGUCCCUGAUGGUGCAGAAGAACGUGGAGCUGCAGCUGCAGGCACUGCGUGUCAUAAAGGAGAGGAACGGCAUGCUGCCAGACUGUCUGACCAAUGGGAUGGACAUGAUGAGCGAGCUGGAGCAGCAGGAGAUGAGAAUCCUGCAGGAGGUACUAAAGAGGUCAAAGGAGGAGUACGACCUGGAGAUGUCCAUGAGAACGCAGCCUGAGCAGGGCUCGGGCUCUGCAUCCACCAGCAGCUUGGACCAGGCCGUGCAGGACAGCGCCGAACAACGGCAGGCCUCCCCAACCCACCCACCGAGCGCUCACAAGGGGAAGGUGAAGAGGAGCGGGCAGCCAGAAUCGGUGGCCAGCAGCCAACUUCCUACGCCCAUGCUCACCAAUGGCACCAGCACAACUGCCCUCCCAACCAGCAGGGUGUGCAGUGCAGAAGGGAAGAGAGAUAAGGAGGAGGCUGGCUCCAGAUCAGGGGAGUGUGUACAGACGAGUGCAGCAGUCAGUCCUCCAGCAUCUGUCAGGUUUCUUCCAGGGCAGGACGGUGUGGACCCCAAUAUGCCCCCAGCAGUGAGGGCCCCCUUAAAGGGGACUGGGUCUUCGUCAGCAGAGAGGACCGGGGGAGAGAAGACUGGGGGGGCGAGGAGCGGGGGCCAAGCAGCCGAGGCAUGGCUGGAGGAGGCGAGCAAAGAGGCCGGAAUCUCUAAACCCUUCAACGAGCUGUCAGCGGCACAGCAGGAACAGCUCCAGCAGAGGGCGCUGUAUCUGAGCCAGCAAAGGGAUAAACUGCAGGCCCUGAAGAAAGAGCAGCGGCCCACACCUGCACAAUGCAUACAGGAGGGGGAAACCACCAACAGGAGCGUCGCUGCUAAUGGCGUAGCAGCUGAUCGGCUCAAUGGCUCACAAACAGGAAGUGCGCCCCUAGUGGCACCGACUAAAAAGGACGUCUCUACAGAAGAGAGGAAACGCUUGCAGAAAAGGAAGCACCUGGCAGAAAAGCUGCGGGAGGAAGUCAUUAAAAAGUAAAGCUAAGAAGAUCGUUUUUUUCCUACCUUACGAAUGAGGGCUUGACCUACCCUUGAUCGUGCAUGGACUGCUGUGAUUCUGCUUUGGUGCCAGUGGACAGAUGGGUUUUAAUGGAAAAGAAUAUUGAAACCUCUUAGUCCUAAAUAGACUUUACAAAAAGAAACUAUGUACAGAUUCUUUGACGACCUACAGACUGUUUAGUAAAUACAUUUUAUAUAUACUCAUUUUUCACUAGGUGUCAUAGUCCAAACCACUGUUGCCUACUAAAAUGGAAGUACAAUAGCAAACUAAAUAUAAUUGUCCAGGUACAUCCCCUCCAGGUACAAGCCCAGCCCAACUGUGUUAAGAUAUGAACUGUAUGAAAGUAAAACUUCAGUAUUUGAAUGAACUUGUACCCAAUCAAGGUACAUUAGCAUUUUCAGGUCUCCUGUCUAAAAGUGUUAUCAAUUUCCAGAAUGUUGAAGACAUACUAUUUGUAUGCUGUUCAGCAACAUAACUGAAUGCUGGAAUAUUGCACACAUUAAUCAGAGCUGAAAUACAGCCACUGACAAUAGUCUGAAUUUGUGUACAUAGUACUGUGGGGCACUUGCAGACCCAGGGACGGUUGCUUAUUGUGCAGAGCAAAAAUGUUAAUUGGCCAAAUUAAAGCUGUAAAACUAAUGACACUUCAAAGACCAUUUAAAAAUGGACCAAAUUAGUCAUUACCCAGAAACGCGUACAAGGUAUGCAUAUAACCAUAGUAGGGUUCAUGAACACAAAAGAUGUCCGUGUGUGAAAGUGGGUCAGCAGUAAAUGAAUCGGCUAGUCUGUGUGUGUGUGUUCAUCUGAUACAGUACCUUCAGAGAACAGGGCUUAAGAGACUUAACCACUGUAAUGACCAGGGAAGGCCAUCUUUGCCCAUUCAACAGAAUUGAUGCUAAUGUGAUUUUAUGAAGUGUGUAAAUUGAAAAAUCACAUCUGUGAGUAGAUGUGGCAGAUUAUUCAGGCUCGCACAGAAACUGAUUCUGGGAGAUAAACUUCUUCAGUCUUCCCCCCCCAGUGAGUUUUUCUGUGAACUCCAGCCAAAAUAACCAGCUUCCAAAGCAUAAUCAUGUGCUUUAAUGUGUGGAGUAUGUUUCCAUAAGGAACAUCAGUAUUUGGGGGCAAAAAGCUUGUCUAAAAUUCCUCGAUUACCAAAAAUAGUAUCAAUGAAGGCAAAUGUCCUGGCUAGCUCACAGUGAAUGAAUUGCACUUCCACAAGGUCAUUUUCUUUUUAAUACAUUUGAACUAAUGGUAUGGACUGAAGUGUGAUCAGGUGACGAUGGUCUGUAAAAUAUCCAGCCUGGUGGAAGUCAAAUGACAUUUGUAAUUUUGUACAUUUACAGUAUUGUGGCAGCAGUCUUACACGCCACAUGUCCAAUGCAGCAGACAGUAAGUAAAAACAAUAAAAACACAAAAAAGGCAAACCAUUAAAAUAAGACUAGGUUGAGAGUUUUUAAUGCCAGGGUAACAUUUAAUCUGAAACCUUUUCAAAUAUCAAAUGUAUACAAAUGAUGUAGAAUGGAGAUAGUGGUAGUAAACGCACUUGUACAAAAUUCUAUGGCCAAAAAAAAUAAAAAUAAACUAUUUUCUCUACA